AUGUUGCUACAACAUUUAAUUACAGGAGAGUGCACCUCAGUAUGUCCUUUUACCAACUACAAAAAUGCUCUUUCGGUCAUCGAAACAUCUACUCAAAGCUACACUGAAUCCAUUAAUGAUAAUGAAAACUAUGAUACAUUUGGAUUCGCAUUCUGGAGUAUCAGUAUUCCAUUGCUUGAGAAGCUUGAAACUAUAAAUAGAGAUGGGCCGUUUAAAAAUGAUGUGUCAGAAGAUGGAUAACUGUUAUUUUUUGUCAAAGAUUCAUUGACUAACUCAAACUUUAUUUACGGUUUUAAAUCCUACGAUUACAUAAACAGACAGGUCAAGCACACCAUUAAAUUCAUUAAUUAAGAUAUUAGCCAAAAAUUUAUAUUCUCAUUUGGAUCAUUGCAAUACGAAGGAAUCUGGAUUUACCAUCAGAUUUUAUUGUAGCCAGCUUUAAACAAAAUUGUUGUUGAAGUGAGUAGCUUAGAAAAAUAAUAAGCAAAUUUUGAUUUAUAAAAUCAAUUGAGUUUACAAAUCAGUAUCGGAGGAAGAGGAUAUGUAAUUAACCAUAUAAUCUAAUUAGAUUGACUCGUUGAAUCUCAACUCAUUUAGAGGCAAAUAAUCGAAGUUAAUUUAUAUGCCCAAAUUUAUUUACUCAACAAAUACCUUCGCAUAAUAAGUGUAAACUUGCAAGAUUCCACCAAUGCUUACUGGAGAAUAAACCAUCAAUAUCAUAUCGGGAUUAAAGUUAUUUGAAGGAAAUUAAGUGCUUUAGCAAUUCUUAGAUCAUUAUGGAAAUAGGUAUUAUUUUUAGGGAUGGGUUAAAUAUUCAUUGCCAAAAGUGGAUGAACAAAGUUAUACUCUGUUGAAGUUGUCAGGUCAAUACAACUUUGAGAAAGAGAUUACACUAGGAGACGAGUUGUUUCGAAUAGAAAGUUUUAUUUCAAAGACAAAUCCUAAAUCUACUUCCCUAAUUAUAAAUGCUGAUGCUUAUGGUAUGCCUGUGAAGUAGUCAUUCCAAUCACAAUAUGAUCUAUUAUUCUAAGGAUCCGUAAAUCCAGACUAUAGUGUACUAUAAGCGAAAAGAACUUAUAAAGAUCUCAGUUCCUAGCUAUAUUUCGAAGGAUUAUAACAAUGGCAUUAUAUUUAAUAUGAAUAUGGAAGAAGCAAUAUUGAUUAAAGGAUGCUAUUGUAGAUUUAAUUUUCAAAUGAUUUAGGAAAGCUAUAUGAAAAUCUAGGAAACAAUAUUUUCAGUGGCUCAUUUACAAAUGCAAGAUUUAAUUUAUUUUUUGGUGGAGAUAGUAUUAAUUCAAAUACCAAUAAUGAAUUUAUUGAAGCCUAUAUAUAUGAUUUCAAAAUGCAAUAUAACUAUGCCGAAGAUAAACCAUUUAACCUAAGUAUCUAUCUAAAUUACGUUAGAUUGCCAUUAUACUUGCCUGACCUGUGAUGGACCAUUAAUAUCUAAUUGUUUAACAUGUGAUUCUAAUUCCAAUAGAUUUUAUCAAGUCGAAUUAAAAAUGUGCAAAUGCAAUUCUGGUUAUCUAGAUAAAGGCAUCCUUAUCUGUGACAAUAAAUUUUACUCAUCAGUUCAAUAAGAAGAAUUGCCAAUUGAUUUAGAAGUACCAUGUCCAAUUGGUAAUUUUAGAUUACCCAAAGAUGAUGGGAGCGGAUUUGAUUGCUUAGAAUGGUAUAUCAUAUGAAUAUUAUAUUUUAGUCCUUAAGUCAAAAAUUUCUUCGGAGUGUUGUGUGUGAAUUGUUAUUUCUAUCCUUUAACGUUUUAUCUGGAACCUGUGUGCACUAUGGACUAUUACACAAUCAAAUAAUUGAAUGAUUAUGAGGCAUACCAUUUGAUAACAAGGACUGCUGCCCAAAACGAUGUUUAUUCUAUAGAAUCUGAUAGAGCACUACACCUAAAUCCUGAACUUGCUUCUUAUUGUUAUACCGAUUCUUGCUUGCCAUUGACUAAAUACCAUCUUGGAAAGCGUAUAAAGGCUGAAUGCAAACCAACAUUUUACUAUCAUGAUGAGUUGUAAGCCUGUGUAAAUCCAGGUAUUGCUAAUUGUUUACUUGUCAACUUUGUUCCUGGAUGUAGUCUAUGUGUUCAAGGUUAUUACGUUUAAAAUUAUAUGUCAUGUGGCAAAUGUCCUACUAAUUGUUAUGCUUGUUCAUAUAAAUAAAAAGUGAUAUGUGAUACUUGUAUAUAAUAUUACGCCUUGUAGUCAGGAGUAUGUAAACAAUGUGGACUUCGUUGUGAUAUUUGCGCAGACUAUUAUGAUCCUUAUUUGGGACAAAACUAUCUAAAAUGUUUAAAAUGUAUUGACGACUCCAUGUAUUCAUUUUCUUUUGAUGGUAUUAACUGCAUAUCUAAUGUAAUUCCAAAUUGUGUUCAUGCAUUUUCUGCACUUAUAGAUAACUACACAACAAAUACUCUGGAUAUCUAUUUCGUACCUUAAUUCGAUUAAAGCAAGAUCAAAUUUUUAUGCGCAAAAUGCUAACCAAACUACGUUUUCGUAUUUGAAACUUAAUCGUGUGUUUUUAAUAAUAUCAACAAUCAAUGUGAUAUUGGCAUUGGUUAACUAAAAUCAAGUGAUCAAUCGCUAGAAAGUGUCACUUGUCUCAAAUCAUAUUAUUAUGAAAACCAAGUUGUUGAAUUUAUGGAAAAAUGCGAUAAAUUAAUUAAUAAUUGUCAAGUCUGUCUUGAAACUAACAUUCAAAAUUAUUACACCUGUUUGGAAUGUUAAAAUGGAUAUUAUGCGGAAUAUAUAAGCAAUCAAUGCGUUUAAUGUCCAAGUCAACUUCAUUGUAUUUCAUGUUACUCUCAACACUCAGUCUAAAAGGAUCAUUGGAAAAAAGAUGUUAGAGCAUUUUAUAAAAAGUAUAUCGAAAUAAAAAACACACAUUAAUAUAUCCUAAAUGCAUAGAGUUAAAAUGUUAGUGAUUAUGAAAUAGUUUGUUCAUCCUGUUAAGAUGGGUAUAGACUAUAUAAGAAUAAAUGCAUUAAAUACUGUUCUGAUACCUGUGCAGAAUGCUUAUUUAAGGAUGAACAGUAUUAUUGUGUUAGGUGCUAAAGUGAUCAAAAAGGAAGAAAACAAUCUACUUACAAUAAUGAAUGUAUAGAAUGUCCAGAAGAUUGUGCUCUAUGUAGGCCAAGAACACAGGAGGAAAUCAAUAAGAUUAACCCGUUAUUCAAUAACACUAAAUAUGAAAAAUACUCUCAUUAAUGCAUCUUAAGCUUUCAAGAUUAAGACUAUAGUUAUGAUGAGGAUAUUGGGGUCUUUGUGCAUUGUGAAUCGCCUUCAUCUGGUGGCUGCAAGAAGUAGUUGGUCAUCAAAUUAAAUGUUUACUAAAGCUCAACUGAAUACAAUAAAGUUUACAAUUCAUUAACUGAUGAGGAGAGCAAGUUAAAAUUUAGAAGGGAAAACAUUUAAAUGAAAAAUUUGUUUGAUUAGGAUUUCAUAUUCUAGGAAGUAUUAUUGUUACCUAUAUUUUAGUAUUAAAAUGAUGAAUUUUACUCCUUAGCAAAUGCUAACCAUAUUAAAUCGAUUGUAAUUUAAAUAACUACUUCAUCACCCAUCUCAUAUUCUGUGGAUUUAUUCACUGGAAUCAAACAAAUGUUCUCCUACAAUAUAUUUUCACUGAUGUAUUAUUUAUCAUUAUUUCAAGUAAUGUGGAAAUUGAACUUAAUUUCCCUGAAACUUCAACUUUUACUUUAAACAGAGAUUUGGUUAUUUCAUUUAUAAAUUUCAAUAAAAUCACUAUUCAAAAUUUUCGGAUAAAUGGAUGCUUAUAUUGUGAAGACGAAAAAAUUUCAUUUAUCAGCGUAUUUCCUUAAUCUAUUAUACUAAAUUAAAUAUAUAUUGACCACUUUAGUGAAGAUAGUAGUGCGCCUUUUAUUUUGGAAUUAUAAAAUGUCUCUAAUUUGUACGUAGACGGUUUGACUCUCGAUGGGAUAAAAAAUACGGGUCCCUCAUAAAUAUUUGAUCUAUAAAGUACAACCUUUUCAAAAAAGAUAACCAUAAAGAAUUUCAAAACUAUUAGUCUCAAUAUUACGGAUUUCAGAAUAAUUAAUUUGUAUUUAAAAAGUGAUGAUUAAGUAUCCUUAGAAAGUUUUGAGAUAGCUGGAAUUUUGGAAGUAGUAAAUCUAAUUAAAAUUAAUUCAGAUGAUUUCAAAGGUGGCUAGAUUACUAUGAACAAUAUACUCAUAACUGCCAACAUCACCGAUUCUAGUGAUUUCAUAAAUCUUGAAAAAGCUAAGUCUCUAUCGAUAUCAAAUUUUGUACUUUAUACUGCAGUUCUUGGAAACACAUCUCUACUCUUACUCAACAACAUUGCCAGCUUAGAAAAUUUGAAUUUCAACAAUAAUUAGAUUAUGGACAAUUCAGUUUUAAUUUACAACUCCGAUUUCAAGAACAGUUCAGUAUAAUUACUCUAUUAAAUCAAUAAUAUUAGAUUUGAAAGUAACGAGUACAAUAGUGCAAUCAAAUUUAUUUACUUUCAAAAACACUCAAGUCUACACUAAAUUAUAAAAAUCAGUCAAUUAAAUUAACUCACUAACUAUUUAAUUGAUGCCAGCUUAACAUACAAUAUGAAACAAGAGGCUGCAUCUUUAAUACUCAUUUAAUUUAAUCAAGUCGAAUUGUCUGACUUUAUCAUUAAUAGAGGUUAUGGAUUUAAUGAUAUUACUGUCAUUGAGUGUUAAACUUUAUCAAUUUAAAAUGGAAUAAUAAUACAAGAUAAAUAUAAAUUCCUAGGAUUGCAUAAGUAUUUGCCCUGCUAACUAUUAUAUGUGGAUGGGUAGUAUUACUCAAUAUCCCUGAAUAUAAUAACAACUAGUGAUAUCAGGAUGUCAAACCUCACAUUUUCAAAAGUAGAGUCAUACAAUUUUCCAUUUAUUUCAAUCAUUUUAACUGAUAUUUUGAAAGAUAUAGAAAACUCUACAAUUCUUUUAAAAGACAUUGUCUUUUCAGAAAACCUAAUGUUAUUAUCCGAUUCUGUCAUCCAUACUUCUUUAAUUGGUAUUUAAUCCUCUUAGGAAACCAUAAUAUCGAUUUAAAAUAUUACUUUUAAGAAUAAUCUCCUACAUGUUUAUAUAGAAGAAGGGUUUAUAUUAGCGGCUGGAUUACUUUUUGUAGAUUGUCCUUCUUGUCAGAUAGGUAUCAAGUACUCAACCUUCUAAAACAAUCUAGUAACGAAUAGCACUACAAGCAUUUUGUAUAUUAAAAGUCAGCAGUUAGAAAUUAGCAACUGUUUAUUUGAAAAUAAUAGUGUCUUUAAUUACAAAGUACUUCAACCUUAUUUAAUAUGGGCAUUCACCCAAACCGUAACUCAAAAAGCUAUUCGCUAAUUCUUUAAGGUUACUUCAACAGCUGGAAAUGGUUAAAUAAUUAGUGAAUAAUUGAAAAUUCUGAACAGCACAUUCUAUAAUUCCGUUGGAAAAUUAGGAGGUUGUUUUUCAGUUUCAGCUUUAAAAUUAUCCACCAUUGAAAUCAUUAACAACAUAUUCUAAAAUUUUUCAACAUUAUUCAUAUCUGAAGUUGAAUAAGGAGGUCUCUUCUAUAUAGAUGGGUCCUCAACCUCUUAUUUGGAAAUUAUAAUCAGAAACAUAACUGUUCGUAAUGUUUAUUGCAGAUAGUAUGGAGGCUUCUUAUAUCUUAAAUCUAACAACUCUGAAGCUCAUCUUACAAUGGCGGAUGGAAGGUUUAAUGAUGUCUACGCAUAGCAAGGAUCUAUCGUUUAUGUGUCAUACUCUAAUUUAGUAGAAGAUCAAUAAACAGUGAACAUAUAAGAGGUGGAAAUUAUUAAUUCUCAGAGUGGCUAUAUUAAAUAUCUGAAUUAAUUUAGUGAACUGUCAACUUAAUAAGAAAUAAGUAGUUUAAUUAAUAAUAGAUCAUCAAUUUUAAUAGGAUAUGGAUCCAAUAUCUUAAUACAAAAUAUAACUGUUAAUAAUUUGAUUUUUGAAUCUUUUCUUAACUUGGAAAGUUCAAAUUUUAUAUACCUGUCAGACAUCGUAAUUGAGGAUUGUCAAAUCAGUAAUAAUCUUAUUAGAAUGUCCUAAAAUUAAUGUAAUUAUUUUAUUUAAUUUAUUUAGAUGUAAACUUGAUUCGCAAUAAGUUUCGAUCAAUAAUUGUUGGAUUUGAAGAGUAAUCUGCAGGUUGUGUAAUCACACCUGAAACGAAUUAAAUUAUUAAUUUUGCAUGUGCAGCUGGAUUUGGAGGUGCUCCUGCAUAUAUAGAAAAUGAUAUUAUCGAUGAGAGUGUAGAUAGAGGACUAUGCAUCAAUAAAAUUAUUAGAUUAAAUUUAGACUUAUCUACUUCAGGCUUAAUAAUUAUUAAUGAUGUAGAAGAUCAAGACUAUGUGAAAAUAAGUUAGUUUGAUUUGAGUAACAUCUCCUGUGUUAAUUGCACUAAUGGAUUACUAUAUCUGCAACUUUUAAAUGAAACUAAAUUGUAAUCAACUUAAUUAGUCUAAAAUCUCAAGGUAACUAAUUCAAUUUGCGGGAAAAAGGGAUGUGUGGUUCUUGAGAAAUUGUUAGGAUAGAAUGCUAGAAUUCUAACCUAAGAGGAAGUAUUCUAAUAAGGAUAUGAACUAUAGAUUACUGAUUACAUUUGUGAAAAUAAUUUAGGGUUUACUGGAACUUGUCUGAAUCUAAAUUCAAUUUUCUCAUUAAUUCAAGAUAGCGUGUUCUAAUAUAAUAAUGCAACAUUCUAAGGAGGUGCUGUUGUAGUAAAAGGGUCAGAUGAAAUAAUUAUAGAAAACUCACUAAUUUAAUACAAUAAAGCAGAAGCGGGCGGAGGAAUGUAUCUAGAAAAGAUAUUUGCUCUAAAUUAUGAAUUAUUAAAAACUAGAGUUAUUUUGAAUUAUGCCAAUUUUUAUGGGGAUAAUGUUGCAUCGAAUCCUGAAAAGCUGGCCAUAUAAAUCACAUAAGAUGAGAUGCUUCAAAGUAAGGUCUUAGUUGAAAAUUCAACUACAAAAAUAGAAGAAGUUGCUGUUAAGCCUUUUACCUCAAUAAAUGGAAAAAAUUCUAAAUUUAUUUUAUUGCCCACUGGACAGUAGAUAUCAACUUAUUAAUUUUUUGAUUGGAAGAAUUAAAAUUAUAUCAAUUAUGGGUUAAUUUUUAGAAUUCAUGCUGAAAAUAGAAAAAUGCAUUUGAUUUAAAACUUAACAAACACUGUUUGUACAAUAAAUAGUAGAAGAUAUAACAUUUCAGAGUAGGAUGAGGAUUAAGAAUUUACAAAUAAUUUCACUAAAUACAACACAAUUAUUUUUGAUGCUGAAACUUAAGAUUACAAACUAGAUGAUCUGAUAGUAUAUUUUGAUAACGACGCUCCUGAAGAGAUUGUAUUAUAGUUAGAAUUUCAAUGUAAUUCAAUAAAAAUUCCGAUAUUCAAUUCCACCUAUCCUUACUAAACUCUAAGUUUUCACAAUGAUUAUAGCCUUAGAAUCAAUGUUAAGACUUUGGAAUGUUAAUUUGGAGAAAUUAAAAAUUUAACUGACUACUCUUGUUCAAUUUGCGAUUCAAUAUAAGGUCUAUUUUCUUUAACUCUAAAUGCUCAAAAAUGUGAUAUCUAAGAUGAUAUAUCAACAAUCUCGGUCAGAUCAAAUUAAUUGUAACUUAGACCUGGUUAUUGGAGACCGUAUUUCGAUACAUCAUCAAUCAGCCCUUGCAUAAAUUUACAAAGUAAUUGUUUAGGAGGAUGGAAAAACGGUGAUAUCUCUUGUUAUGUUGGUCACAUAGGAGCACUUUGCGAAUAAUGUGACUUAUACGAUACAAGAGGAGAUGGUUCAUUCUCAGUUGUAAGCAGAUACUCUUGUGGAACAUGUUAAGAUAAAUACUAGAAUAUAGCUCUAAUUGUUGGUAUCAUUAUUAUUACCCUCAUAUUUUUGUUAAUCUCUAUUAAAGGAACUUUAAGUUCGAUAGAUGAGUUUAGCAAAUUUAACCCCUUCAUUCGAUCCACGCUUACUAAACUCAGUCCUCAAUCAAGUAUUUUAAUUAAAAUUUUGACCAAUUAUUUCUAAAUUAUUGCAACCAUAACUACCUUUUAAUUACAAUUACCAUAAGGAUUAGUUAGUACGAUUGAUGGGGUAGGUAAUCCUAUAUAAACAGCAACUUAUUCACUCGAUUGCUUCUUAGUUGAUUUCUCUAAUAUUUAAAUACAAUAUACUAGAAUGAUUUGGCAGAUUAUUUUGCCAAUCCUUUAUAUUACUCUAUUCAUGGGCUUAUUUUUCAUUGCUUCUAAAUAGCAUCUUAUUGAAUCAACCUUAAAUUGUAGUGUUAUGUCAACCACCUUAAUUUAUUUCUACAUUUAUUUCUAACCAAAUUUAAUAAAUGGUUUUGUCUAAUUAGUGUCCUAUAGAGAUAUAUCCGGCUUUAAGUGGAUCAAGGCAAACGUAGCUGAUAGAUACGAUACUCCUGACCAUUUAUAAUGGAUGCUGAAGUUCAGUUUGCCAGCUCUCAUUAUUUUGGCUGUUCUCAUACCGUGUUUCUUUUUCUACGGACUUUUCAGUAAUAAAAAAAAUCUUACUUCCAAAAAAGAAGUAAAAAUGCGUUGGGCAUAUCUGUAUGUUGAAUACAAAGAAACUGUAUACUUCUGGGAAUUAAUUAAAAUCAUUGAAAAAGAACUGAUCAUCCUAUCACUUAUAUACUAUGAAGACAGCAUAGUCAUUAAAGGUGUCCUAGUGCUUCUCAUCACUUAUUUUUAUUAGGAAUUAAAUCAAAAUUAUCAACCAUAUUCAAUGAAUAGAAUGAAUAAGUUAGAUUAUUAUUCAGCUAAUAUUUGUAUGAUCACUAUUUGUUUAGCAAUUGGAGCCUAUAUAGCACAAGAGGCGGGUAUUAAAGAGUUGUAAAUACCCUUUUUAGUAAUUAUGGCCCUAUUAAAUUUUUUAUUCCUUUAAUCUAUUUUGAUUUAGAUUGUAUCCAAAUAUGCUUAAUAAUAUGAAGAUACUCUUGAUAGAAUCAAAAACUUCAUUAAAAAACAAUAUCCAAAUUAUAAGAGUUUUAAAUAUCUGGAUAAGGCCUUGGAAACCAGAACUGAUAAAAGAAAUAGAAUAAUGAUGUUAUACAAAAAACUUAAGAAAUUUGCCAUUCCCUUAGGAAAACUUAUGAUAUAAACCAGAGAAAAAUAUCAACAAAAUAAACAACCAAUUAGUACGAUCGAAUUCCACACUAGACAAGAGACUUUAGAUGUAGAAAAAUCAUCUUAAAAGAGAUUACUUGUCCUAUAAAAUUUAAAAUGA